AAUUCACUUAAAUGACCAAGUGGCAGGAUAGGUCUCUCUGUGAAAGUUCCCCAUGUAUCGCUUAACAUUCGAAACCCGCAAAUCAUAUCAGUUACACCACAUGACAUUUACAGAAAUAGAGGACGGUGUACCAAACGGCAACGCACCAACAAACGAUUUGGACAUAUAUAUAUAAUAUAUAAAAAACGCUAAAUCACGAGAAGGAAAAUAAUACCAUGUAUACUCGUGGUUAUGGAUUUCCAAACCAGAGUUAUAAUCAAUAUGGACCGAGUCCAUAUCCAGUACCGUCACAGAAUCAGCCAUCUCAUCGAUACAGACCCUAUAUCUAUAGUUCACAAGCAAGGUACGGCUUUAACACAUUCCCGCCUAAUUCUGCUUCUUCUUAUAAUCACAUCCCRCCACUUUCCUACCCGCCGGAGGAACGGGGGAUAGUAGAAGUUACAGGCUGUGAACAACCAAUGCAUCGGCAAGUACAUCAGCCGGCUCCAAUUCGUUCGCCACAACUUCAGCCUUCACCGCCGCCAAGAGGCUUUGUUCCUUCGUGUAUUGUGCACGGCUCAAGAGCCGAGGAAAUGGAUGUUAACUCUCGUGAGCCUAGUGAGAAGUUAGCGGACAAUUGCGAUGAAGGAGAAGACGACGUUGAGGAAUUCGAAGCGGACGAUAAACCGAAGGGAAAGAAAAGAAAAGAGCGAACAGCUUUUACUACACAUCAGCUAAGGGAACUAGAAAAUGAAUUUACUCGAAAUAACUACUUGACGCGUCUACGUCGUUACGAGAUCGCCGUUAGUUUGGACUUAACUGAAAGACAAGUCAAAGUGUGGUUUCAGAAUCGUAGAAUGAAGUGGAARCGAGUCAAAGGAGAGAARAAACCKGAGAAAAAAUCCAUGUACUUACUUCAUCUCGAGCAAGAAAAAAGUAAAGAGGCCAGCAACGAUUCUUAAAUCUUGUAAUAUAUGUAUAUUGAAAUUGGUGUAAAUAUAUCUACAAUAUUAAUGUUCGCACGAGUCAAUUGGCGAUGACAAACUCAUCAUAAUUUUUGCUGAAGUAGAUAUAUGGAUUUGUAAAAUAAACAAAUUCAACAAAAAUUUUUAGAACUUGAACAAAACAAGUAAAAAUAAUAAUAAUAAUAAAGGUAUUAUAUAAGUUAUCUUCGAUUGUCUCUUUUUCUAUGCACGAUAAAACGUUUU